GUGCCGCCGGUGCCCUUGCCCGAGCAGGCGCAUCCCCGCUGCCACAAGGUGGGCGUGCUGUCGGGAUUCUCGUUCGGCGCCAUCGGGCAUCCGAUCUACUGCGCCGGGCCGUGCAAGUACCUGUCGAUGGCCCGGGGCUGCAAGGACGGCCAGGCCUGCGACAGAUGCCACCUGUGCGCGUGGUCGGGGCGUCAGCAGGGCGCACCAGGCCUCGCCCGCCCCCCCGGCCUGGAGGCCCCGGCGCGCGGCGCCGCGCUCGCGGCCAAGCCGGCCAAACCAGGUGAGCGAAUGCGGUCAACGCGGCCUUGGACAAGCGAGCCCCCGCGUCCUCCGGCGCCGACGGUCAAGCCGGCUCCGCAGCCGCCGGAGGUGUGCCCGCCGCCGCCGCGCGCGCCGCAGCCCGCCGCGCGGUGCGGGCCCGAGCCGGCAGGCGCGGCGGCGGAGCCGUGCAGAGCCGAGCGGGCGGCGGAGGACGGCUGGAGAAGAUGUCGCUGGGCUCGGUCAAUCACCCCCACAGCUGUGCCAAAGCUUGCAAGUAUUUCCGCAAGCCCCGCGGCUGCAAGG